AUGGGUUCCACAAAGACAAUGGGAAAGGGGAAGCCUUCCUCAAAAGGAGGCAAAAGCGGCGGUGCAUCCUCCAAAAAAGGCGGCGCAAGAUCAAAACCCACCGGCAGCGCUCCCGAGGGCAUCUCCAAACGCAAGCAGAAGUCCAUGGCUCUCGCAAAGCCCGGCGGUGCGCAGAAAACGAAAGCAAACCUGGCCAACCCACACAAACCCAAACGACGCAAGUACACGGAGAAGGAGCUCGACAUCCCCGCGCUGAACAGCAUUAUCCCUGCGGGUAUCGCAAAACCGAAGGGUCAGAAGAAGGGCAAGAAAUUUGUGGAUGACCCUGCCAGUAUGAUGGCGAUUAUGAGCGUGGUGAAUGCAGAGAAGGACAAGAACGUUGAAAGUAAAAUUAUGCGGGCGAGGCAGUUGGAGGAGAUUAGAGAGGCGAAGAGAAAGGAAGCGGAGGAGAGGAGUGAAGAGAAGAAGGCAAAAUUUGAGGAGACUAAGAAAGGCCUGAAGAAGAAAAGAAAGAGCAGGCAUUCGGACCCCGGGCGGAUUGAAGACGUGGACGACGAGGUGCCGGAAAAGACCUCAAAACCCAAGAAGAAGAGGGUCUCCUUUGGAUGA